AGGAUAGCAGGGGUAUGCACUGCUUUGACAUUUGUCACUGAUGCUCACUCUUCCUUCAGCUCUCGAACACACAGGUCUUUAGGUGUCUGUCAAACGUCUGGACACAGGUCUCACUCGAAUGCAAUUUAUUGUGAACGGAUUUUUGUGAUAACUAUGACCUUAUUGAUGAGGUAGAGAGUCGUCACAAACAGCCACCCUGUGUCUCAUGGUCAGAUAGUCUCUCAUAGCAGGGAUCUGCAAUGAGGAAAUGUUGCCCAGCAAAGGACAACCUUCAGAAUUGAGUGGACUCACCCAGUUUAACUGGUAUUGCUCAUCGCUCCUCUACUCCUCAGUCCCCUAAAGACAGUGAAGAUAUAUAGAUGGCCUCAGAGAGCAACGCACAGCCAAAACGUGUCCUGGUGACCGGUGCAUCUGGGCUGAUCGGCAAAGCCAUCGAGCAUGUGGUGCUAAAUGAAGGUGAAAAACUUGAGGGAGAAGAGUGGUUCUUCAUCUCUACUAAGGAUGGAGAUCUUAGGGAUGUUGGACAAACCAAGGCUGUGUUUGAGAAGUAUCAACCGACUCAUGUCAUCCACCUUGCUGCCAAAGUGGGAGGACUCUUUUUACACUUGAAGGAGAACCUUCAGUUUCUGAGGGAAAACGUAAAGAUCGAUGACAAUGUACUGCAAACAGCCCAUGAGAUGGACGUCAAAAAGGUCGUGUCUUGCCUGUCAAAUUGUAUCUUCCCUGACAAAAUUACAUAUCCCAUCAACGAGACCAUGGUUCACGAGGGGCCACCUCAUCAAUCCAACUAUGGAUACGCAUAUGCUAAAAGAAUGAUUGACAUUCGAAACAGGGCAUACUUUCAACAGCAUGGACGCUGUUACACAUCGGUUAUCCCGACCAAUGUGUUCGGGCCCAAUGACAACUUCACUGCAGAAAAUGGCCAUGUGCUGUCAGCCGUCAUUGGCAAGACAUACAAAGCCAAACUGAAUGGAACUCAGAUGAAUAUGUUAGGCUCUGGAAAGGCUCUUAGGCAGUUCACCUAUUCUCUGGACAUGGCUCGUGUAAUAAUUUGGGUCAUGAGGGAAUAUAAAGAGGUCGAGCCUCUUAUCAUCUCUGUGGGGGCGGAAGAGGAGAUCUCCAUCAAAGAGGCCGUGGAGAUGAUAGCAGAGUGUUUGGACUUCAAAGGCAAAAUAGAGUAUGACAACACCAUGUCUGACGGCCAAUUGAAGAAGACGGCCAGCACCGACAAGCUGAGAGGCUACCUUCCUGACUUCACCUUCACACCCGUCAAAGAAGCCAUAAAGAUGACCUGCGACUGGUUCGUGGAAAACUACGACACUGCUAAAAAAUGAAGCGUCCAAAUACUGAGCUGAAACUUAACCACCACAUCUUUUCACUCUUUUCAUAAUAUUGGUUUACACACUGUCACAAGUAAUCUACACGUAUUCUCCAGUGUAUCAAACACUCAUCAGCUCUGAAUGGCUACACAUUUCAUAAAUAUCGAAUUAUAUGUUUCUUAAUUUAUAAUUAUUUAGAGCUAGAGGAAUUGGGACCAGAGUCUAAUCAUUAAAUAUUAGAAUAUAAAUAAUAAGAAUAGUAGCAAAAAUGUUAAGCAAACUGAAAUGAGGACCUACUUUCUCCUUACUACUCCUUUUUUCAAAAGUUUCAUGAUUGUAAAUACAUUUUUUGGAUUUUCUUUUUGGAUUCAUAUGAAAAUUAGGGGGUGGGUGAUAUAAUCUAUGUAACCUUGAGGUCAUUCUUACCCUGAUCGAAGCAAUAAAGGAUAUUCAAAA